AACAUAGUCGAACUGGUGCAAUGAUUUUACAAGAUAAUGAUGAUUGGAAAGAGUUUCUCAAAUUAUAUAAAUCAAUAAUUACCGAUAAGAUUAUUUGUGUUUGUGUUACAAUGAAUAAGCAGAUAAAAAAAAGAAAACAAGAGUUAAUGACGGAUCUUAAUUCGAAAAAGUCUAAUGAGUCCAAAAGCAAAGCUUUAUGUAUUUCUAAUGAUGAUAAUGCUGAUAAAGAUAAAAUAGAUAAAGCUGAUCAGAUUACAAAACUUCGCCAAAAAUGGGAGUGCAAAAUUUGUAAUAAGAUUUGUUAUGUUGAUGGUGAUCGCCAUUUAGAAUUAACACCCUAUCGAUUACAAAUGUGGGCAAAAGAUAUUAUCAAGAAGAAUACUACGAUUGAUACUCUACCUGUUUAUCCUAUUUUUAAUAUAUCUUAUGGGCGAAUUGUUUAA